AUGGCUCCAACAAUUCUGCCCCUGGCAACUUUAUUUCUAGCUUUCUCUGCUUCUUUUCUCCAGAUCGGAGAAGCGGAAGCAGAUCAACUCACUGCACUCAAGCUUAAUUCUCAUAUUCUUCAGGAGUCAAUCGCUAAAGAGGUUAACGAAAACGCAGGGGCAGGAUGGAAGGCUGCUAUUAAUCCUCGUUUCUCCAAUUCUACGGUUGGACAAUUUAAGCGCCUUCUUGGAGUCAAACAAACGCCUAGGAAUGAACUCAGUAGUAUACCUGUUGUAACUCAUCCAAAAUCAUUAAACUUGCCAAAGGAAUUUGAUGCAAGGACAGCUUGGCCUCAGUGUAACACUAUUGGAAGAAUUCUAGUUCAGGGUCACUGUGGUUCUUGUUGGGCAUUUGGUGCUGUUGAAUCAUUAUCAGACCGUUUUUGCAUUCAUUUUGGUGUGGAUGUACCCCUUUCUGUUAAUGACCUUCUUGCAUGCUGUGGGUUUCUUUGUGGAUCUGGCUGUGAUGGUGGGUAUCCCAUUUCUGCAUGGCGAUACUUAGCACACCAUGGUGUUGUCACUGAAGAGUGUGACCCAUACUUUGAUCAAACUGGAUGUUCUCAUCCUGGUUGUGAGCCAGCGUAUCAAACUCCCAAGUGCGUUAGGAAGUGUGUAAAGGGAAACCAGCUUUGGAAGAAGUCAAAACACUACAGUGUCAAACCAUAUAGGGUUAACUCUGAUCCCCAAAAUAUCAUGGAAGAAGUUUAUAAGAACGGGCCGGUUGAAGUUGCAUUCAGUGUUUAUGAGGAUUUUGCUCACUACAAAUCAGGAGUUUACAAACACAUCACAGGUUCUGCACUAGGCGGUCAUGCAGUAAAGCUGAUUGGGUGGGGAACAAGUGAUGAAGGGGAGGACUAUUGGCUUAUUGCAAAUCAGUGGAAUACAAAUUGGGGAGAUAAUGGUUACUUCAAGAUCAAGAGAGGGACAAAUGAAUGUGGAAUUGAAGAGGAUGUUACAGCCGGUUUGCCUUCUCCCAAAAAUGUUAUAAGAGAGGUGGCCGACAUGGAUGUUGACACUGCCGUUUCCUUCUAA